AUGCAUAAGCUGCCCCGCCCCGCGUCUUCGAUACGCAGAAAAGUCUCCUUUGACCUCGACAACUUAACCGACGAUUCCGACAUUGAAGACUAUCGCGAUCGCAACAAGCCAGACUGGACGAUCCGAGGGGCCAUCUCGGCACUACCUCCUCGCAAACGUCGAAACUAUGGCGUACUUACGGUUCUCAUUUUUGUUUUCCUCUACUGGGCAUCCCACCGGCCACAGCCCCCGAAAGGGCUGUCCCCAUAUCUCAACUACGACGCAAUUGAUUGGUCGCGAUAUGCCUAUACGCAAUAUGUCACCAGCGAUGAAUACCUGUGCAAUUCGGUAAUGGUUUUUGAAGCCCUGCAUCGGCUAGGCAGUCGCGCCGAUAAAAUCUUGUUUUACCCCCAGGAGUGGGAUACGGUUAUCUCGGGCCCAAACGAUCGCACCAGCCAACUACUCCUCGAGGCGCGUAAUAAAUACAACGUCCAACUUGAGCCGAUUGAGGUUAAUAGCCUUCAAGAUAUGCCAGGAGGUGUAUCUACGUGGGACAGCAGUAUCACGAAGCUCUGGGCGUUCCGAGAAACAACAUACCGGCGAAUUCUGCAGAUCGACUCGGAUGUCAUGGUCCUACAAAAUCUUGACGAGCUGUUUUUCUUGCCGUCCGCACCGGUUGCGAUGCCGCGAGCAUACUGGGAUUAUUCAAAUGACCACAAGUUGACCUCUCUUCUCGUCCUUCUCGAGCCGUCUUAUGUUGAAUACAGGAGCAUGAUGGACCGGGUUGAAGCCGUCACUGCGGGUCAGCUCGGUAAAGAAGAAUACGAUGGGCAUCCUCUGUACGACAUGGAGUUGCUCAACGACCGAUACGCAGGUUCUGCGCUUGUGCUUCCACAUCGACAAUAUGGGCUCGUCACGGGGGAGUUUAGGAGAAAGGACCACCGAGACUUUUUGGGGAAUGACCACGAAACAUGGAAUCCGGAUACGGUGCUGAAACAGGCGAAGCUAGUGCACUUUUCCGACUGGCCAUUGCCGAAACCGUGGGUGAUGUGGCCGCAAAAGCUUCUGGCCGAGAUCAUCCCCCGGUGCGACAACAACCCAGGAACAUCACAGGAAAGCGGCUGUCGUGACCGUGAGGUGUGGAAGCAGCUGUACGAGGACUUUCGUUUGAAGCGCAAGAAUGUGUGUAUGCUACUCAGCUAUCCGGCUCCAGAGUGGCCUCCUAAGGAGAAGAACACGUCGAAUCAGCCUCCAGCACCCAAGGAUGACAAGCCUGUAGCGGAAAAGCCAGAGCAAGUUCAGGCGUCGGAAUGA